CCGGCCCCGAGUCAGUGUUCCGCAAACCCACAAAAUGUGGGCCUCGGGGCUCCACGUCUUUCUGCUGUUCUCGGGGGUCCUGGCGGACCUUACCCAGAUUCUGAAAGGGCCCCACUCCAUGAGGUAUUUCUACACCGCCGUGUCCCGGCCCGGCCUUGGGGAGCCCCGCUUCGUAGAGGUCGGCUACGUGGACGACACCCCGUUCGUGCGCUUCGACAGCGACUCGGAGAACAAGACGAUGGAGCCGCUGGCGCCCUGGAUGGAGAAAGUGGAGCCCGAGUACUGGGACCAGCAGACGCGGAUCGCCAAGGGCAACGCGCAGACUUUCCGAGCGGGCCUGAACACCCUGCGCGGCUACUACAACCAGAGCGAGGCCGGCGCUCACACCCUCCAGUACACAUCCGGCUGCGACGUGGGGCCGGACGGGCGCCUCCUGCGCGGCUACAGCCAGUUCGCCUACGACGGCGCCGACUACAUCGCGCUCAACGAGGACCUGCGCUCCUGGACCGCGGCCGAACCGGCGGCGCAGCUCACCCGGCGCAAGUGGGAGCAGGAUAAUGCGGCUCAACAUAAAAGAAAUUACCUGGAGGUUCUUUGCGUGCCGUGGCUCCUCAGAUACCUGCGGAACGGAAAGAAGACGCUGCUGCGCUCAGAACCCCCCAAAAGACACAUCGCCCACCACCCCUUCUCUGAAGAUGAGGUCACCCUGAGGUGUUGGGCUCUGGGCUUUUACCCUGCGGAGAUUUCCCUGACCUGGCAUCGUGAUGGGGAGGAACUGACCCAGGACACGGAGCUGGUGGAGACCAGGCCUUCGGGGGACGGAACCUUCCAGAAGUGGGCGGCUGUGGUGGUGCCUUCUGGAGAGGAGCAGAGAUACACGUGCCAUGUGCAGCACCAGGGGCUGCCGGAGCCUGACAUCCUGAGAUGGGAACCCCUUCCUCAGUCUACCCUCUUCAUGGGCAUCAUUAUUGGCCUGGUUGUCCUUAUGGCUUUGGUGACUGUGACAAUAGUGGGAGCUGUGAUAUACAAGAGGAAGCACUCAGGUGACAAAGGAGGACAGUACACUCAGGCUGUGACACAGAACUGUUGAUUCUUCAUCUGCCAA